GCCCUAUAAUUGGAGGAGUCUGGGAUCCCUGAGUCCUACUCAGCCAGAGCGGAGACGAAGGACCGGUUGCUCAGGAGUCGACUGCCGGCACUGAAGAUGAAGGUUCUGUGGGCUGCGUUGGUGGUCACACUCCUGGCAGGAUGCCGGGCCAAUGUGGAGGAGGAGGUGAAGCUGGCACCGGAGCCAGAAUGGUGGCAGGCCAACCAGCCGUGGGAGCAGGCGCUGGGCCGCUUCUGGGAUUACCUGCGCUGGGUGCAGACGCUGUCUAACAAGGUGCAGGAGGAGCUGCUCAGCACCCAGGUCUCCGAGGAGCUGUCGAUGCUGAUGGAGGAGACCAUGAAGGAGGUGAAGGCCUACAAGGAGGAACUGGAGACGCAGCUGACCCCCAUGACCCAGGAGACGCAUGCCCGCCUGUCCAAGGAGCUGCAGGCAGCGCAGGCCCGACUGCAGUCGGACAUGGAGGACGUGCGCACCCGCCUGACGCAGUACCGCAACGAGGUGCAGACCAUGCUGGGCCAGAACACCGACGACUUGCGGGCCCGCCUGGCCUCCCAGCUGCGCAAGCUGCGCAAACGGCUGCUCCGCGACGCCGAGGACCUGCAGAAGCGCCUGGCGCUCUACCGAGUCGGGGCCCGCGAGGGUGCGGAGCGCGGGGUCGGCGUCAUCCGCGAGCACCUCUUGCCGCUGGUGGAGCAGGGCCACAUGCGGGCCAUCACCGCCAGCCAGCCGCUGCGGGAGCGGGCGGAGGCCUGGAGCCAGCGGAUGCGCGGAAAGCUGGAGCUGAUGGGCACCCGGGCCCGCGACCGCCUCGAUGACAUGCGCGACCAGAUGGAGGGGUUGCAGGCCAAGGUGGAGGAGCAGGCCAACCAGAUGCGCCUGCAGGCCGAGGCCUUCCAGGCCCGCCUCAAGGGCUGGUUCGAGCCCCUGGUGCAAGACAUGCAACGCCAGUGGGCCGGGCUGGUGGAGAAGGUGCAGUCGGCCUUGGGCACCAGCGCCAGCCCCACCCUGGCGCCCAUCGAGAAUCAAUGAGUGCUGGCCCACUCCCCUCUCCCAGCCUGCAGGGCCCUGUCCCUGCCCCCACUGCCCCCCUGGGGGGCCCUGGCUUAAUAAAGGCUCACAAACUUCACAGCA